UAUGAUGUUCAUUUAACGAUUUUAAGUGAACGUUCACAUUUAUUAAUUUCUGUUGGAAUAGUAAAUUUAUUAGAAAACAGACUCAGAAACAGUUAUGGCUACAGUACUGGACACUACGUUUCUAUACAUUAGUUUAUCGUUUUCUAUAUUUUGUCAAGUUACCUGUGUUGGAAACUUUAGUGUAAUGAAGAAACCGCUCUGUUGGAUCAAUGGAACAGUAGCUGUGUGUUCUGGUCACGGAAACCUGUCCUACAUACCUGCUGUACCCAGUAAUAUUACACGUCUAAGCUUUAAUUUCAACAAUCUACCGCAAGUUUCCACAUACACGUUUACGAAUGUAACACAUCUCAAGUUGAAAGAAUUACACAUCGUAGGAGAUCACAUCAAAAUGAUCAGUGCCACAGCUUUUCAAGUGUUACAACAUCUGGAAUAUCUGGACAUAAGUCACAACAAUAUACCACCGGACGUUAUUGCACGGGCAUUCAUUGGUUUGGGGAAAACGCCCAUUCGGCGUCUGGAUAUGCUAGCGAUGAAUAUAAGGUUUUUGCCACCACAUUUCUUUGACGGUUUGAAGUUGACAAAAAUAAACACUGUCCAUCUACAUCAGAAUCAAAUGAGCUAUUUUAACUGUAAAGAUGUUUUGCAACUCAAGUUCUUAAAACAUAUAGGAUUGGGACAGAACUUGAUCAGCAAACUAUUGAUAACAACAUCGUGCACUUUACAAGAACUAGAUAUGUCAUACAACAGCGUAAAAUAUGUUUGUAUGGACGGAGUUCUCUCUGAUUCGCUGAUAGUACUAGAUGUACGAUUUAAUGGAAUAUAUCACAUGGAUUCUUCAACAUUUAAAUGCUUUCCGAAACUUCAAAAAUUAUAUUUGGGUGGAAAUUACAUUUCUAGAUUACCUAAAAAUACGUUUGCUAGUUUAUUUGAACUUAACCUGCUAUCCAUGGUUGUGAAUCCAAAUCUGAAAGGAAUCGAAGUAGGUGCUUUUAAUAACAGUAAUCUUAGAAAACUUUUACUAGAGAAUUCUGGUGAACAUUUCAAAAAUUAUGACUGGGAUAUGUUCAAAGGAUGUCAUCUUGUCUCUCUUGAUAUUUCAAAGAACAAUUUAAAUGGAAUUCCGCCAGAUAAACUAAAGAUACUCUUUCAACCACUGGUACCCAGUCUAAGAGUGUUGGUUAUUUCAGAUGCAUCAUUGACAACAAUACCCAGCUUUGUUUCAACCCUGACUAAAUUAAAUCAUUUAAUAUUAAAUAAUAAUAUUAUAUCUGGAUGGUCCACGGAUUCAUUGUCGACGUUUACAAAUCUUCAACGUUUAGACCUCAGUCAAAACAGUAUUUCUGUAGUUGUAGAAGGUUCUCUACCUGAUAAUAUUUUAAGUUCGCUAAAGGCUGUUGAUUUAUCAGAAAAUCCAUUGGACUGCUCCUGUGCAAACGUUUGGUUUAUAAAAGUCUUUCAAGCUCACCUUAAAAUAUUUGACCAUUCUAGAAAACCAUCUCGAUGUUCCAGCCCUGCGACUAAGCACAAUGUUGUUUUCAAGGAUGUCCACAUGUCUGAAAACUCGUGUUUACUAAACUUCACUUCACAAAUGAUCGUCGUUGCAAGCUCGAGUAUUCUUCUGACUAUCUUUAUUGUUGCCAUUAUUUCAUACCGAUACAGGUGGCACCUUCGAUACUUGCUAUAUAUGUUUAAUAAUCGGAGACGGGAAGAGGAUCCGCAAGUAAAUGAGGAUCAGUUUUUGUAUGAUAUAUUCGUUGUGUAUUCAUCGGAGGAUUCUGACUGGGUACUUGACAGACUUGUUCCCAAGCUGGAAGAGGACCUCGGUUUCAGGGUGUGUGUCCACGAACGAAACUUUGUGCCUGGAAAACUGAUCGUAGACAACAUCAUGGCGAGUAUCGACAGCAGUAAAAGGAUUAUGGUUGUCCUGUCGAACAGCUUCUCACAGCGGGACUGGUGUCAGUUUGAACUAAACGUCGUCCAGAGACACGUGCUGGAGAAAGGUCAAGACUUGCUGGUCGUGGUGGUGCUGGAACAACUUAACAACCGUCACUUGACCCCCACGAUGUUCACUAUGCUGCAGACGACAACAUAUAUCACGUGGCCCGAUGACGUGGAUUCUGAGCAGGGAUUCUGGGACAAUUUAACUCUAGCUCUUCGGGGAGGGUGAUCUAAAAACAUGUACAUUGUAUAACAAAGCAACAACAACUGAAGGGCAGUUUGAACGAAAAAACAUUUCUCUUAAGUGGAAUUCAUUCUGUAAGUCUGAGCAAGUGUCUAGCUUAUUGAGCUACAUUAAUUAUAAAUUGAAUGAACAGACUUGCUGUGUUUCAGGUUUGUGUGCGUCAUUUAACACAUGUAAUCUAAGGUAUGACAAUGCCUGUGUUUAUAACUGUUAUUGGACACUCGAGUUCCUCUGGACGCAGGAUUUCUUGUGGAUGGAUAGUUUUGCUCCUGGUGACCUUUAACGUUCCUACGUAAUUCCGUUUGAUGUUCGACCGACUUUCAAUACUAUUACUACAUGGGGAUUGGUCUCUGGUUCAAAUAAUUAAACUACAGUAGAGAAUCAACUACGUUCUUGAUCAUUCAUAAUAGGUAUCGUGAAUAGGGUUAACAAUUAACACCUCAAUUAUCAUCUAAAUGACUUGGAAGACGUUUUACACAUUCGAAAAUGUAAGGGUAUUACUGUUUAUACUUUUGACUUUCAAAUCUAUUGAAUGUUUGAUUAUCUAUGUCUGUUAUGUUGUAUGCAGAUGAUACAAUAUUAUUGGAAAAACAUGAAGAUGAAAUUGAAAAGAUUUUAGAUUAUUUAGAUUGUAAAACAGAAAUUUCCAUAAACACACUAAAGAGUAAGAUUGUUAUAUUUUGUUAGCUCGGACUGAAUCCAGUUUGGGACCAGCAGACAUUUAAAUCAGUGAACUGAUUAACGCAAACAUCUUCAUAAAUAUUAUAUAAUCAGAGCAAAUAUAGACAAAUUCCAGAUUUAACUGUAAUCGUAUCAGUGUUUGUAGAAAUGUGUGUAUCUUUAUAUCCCUUAUUAACAAACAAUGCUGUGUCUCCCAACACUCAUAUCAUAUACCGUUUAUUUCUUUUUAACUGCUCAUCUUUUUGCAUGUUUUUAUACUUUUAAGUUUUCUUGACUAUAUUUGUCUGCUACAUGUAUUGCUAUAUAUGUUCUUAUUAUGUCACCGGAUGUUGGCCACGAGAGUAAAACGUUCUGUUCUGUUUCGUUUUGCUGUCUAGUAUUAAAAUACAGAACUGUGUUCCCAAUCAUUAGGACUACACACUUUCAUGUUUAUACUCCAACUUGAGAACAACUUUUAAUGCAUAAUAGUUAGCCAUUUAUUUAUAACAUGUUAGUUCUCAUAUACAAACUUUUAAUAUAUACUAAUUAUCCAUAUAUUGUGAUAUUAGUUCUCAUAUUCAAACGUUUUAAUACAUUUAUCACUGACGUAGGAGGCGGGAGGGGUGAGGGGGCAUGUGCUCCCCACUUUUCAGAUAUUAUGCUUUAUAUUUGCUUUAUAAUAGUGUAAAGGUGUGUAAAUAUAAAAGUGUGCCACCCACCUUUUGGCACCUUCCUACGCCACUGUUUAUUGUGAUGUUAGUUCUGCUUGUGUACACGUUUUUAAAUACAUAGUAGUUAUACAUUCAUUAGUUGUUGAUGGGCCAGUCCCUCCUAGAUUCCGCAAAUCCGCUGAUGCAGAAAAACCCAGAAAUAAAACAUGAAAUUUGAAAAAAUAAAGAUGAAUCACAUUUGUAGGUUACGGAAGACGCCGAAGACUGGUUACAAUUAAAUUAAAAAGAUUCCACAAAUGCAAAAUUAGAUUCUAUAAUGCUAUCCUAUUUGGUAUAUAAUAAUUACGACAACAUACAUAUAGGAAUCCAGUUUAUAAAUGGUGAUACCAAUUCAGCAGAUGUUGAAUGUAGUUUUUCCCUAUAUAAUUCGAUACUUACAGGAAGAUGGAGAUCUCUAAAGCCAGAGUCUAUUAAAGCGUUUGUGUUCCUCUAUGGGAAUAAAAACCUGAUAUACCAUACAUUUAUGAGGGUCUGGUGGGUACAGGUGUCAUAUUCAUCAUGGAAAUGGAACACUAAAAACAUACUUGUGUUAGUUUGUAAGUUAUCUUCAGAAUAUAUGUUGCAGAAUAUGCUGCUGAAUUCCUCAAAUUCUAUCGCAGAAUAUAUCUAAUCUUAGCGUAGAGUUUUCUAAAGUUUUCCGCAGAAUCCAGGGGGAACUGAUGGGCGUAAUUUGCAUUAAUUCUAAUUGUGGACUUUGUUCUGUAAAUAUUUGCAUUAUUUCGAUUAAUGUGUAUUUUAUGCUAGUAGCUCUAAUGUGUGAAUUUCUCAGAAGACGUUGAAUAAACAUGAGUAACUAAUAAAGAGGUUAUAAAGCGAUCAUUAAAGGUUUUGAAUAUUCAUAACCUAGAAGAACCGUUGCUUUCAGUAGCAAUAAGAAUACAAGAGUUAUUCUCCUCAGAAAUUGUAACGGAUUGUUUCCCUUAGUACGCCAACAGAGGAAUAAUAUCAAAUUACCGGCCUCGGUGGUAUCGUGGUUAAGUCAUCGGACUAUAGGCUGAAAGACCGGCCUCGAUGGCGUCGUGGUUAGGCCAUCGGUCUACGGGCUGGUAGGUAC